AUGGCACCUCCAACAGCAAUUGAUAUCGAGGGUGUACUUGAUACCGAAUCUAUCGUCUUUCCCGAUCCACUUACUGUCAAUGGAGUUUCUGCGAGACGUGCAAAGGCUGGACUAUUUACUGCAGGUGUAGCAGCCGUUACAACUAGUGAUCAUUUUAAAAGCCCUUCAACAUGGAAACCAAAAGCAAAAAGAUUUGAUCAUCGUAUCUCUCUCGAAAGUCGAUCAAGAAUGCCAUCGAACUUGAAGGGUGCAGCCCAAUACUUGAAAACCCCUGGGAUGAUUUCUCUUGGUGGAGGUUUACCAUGUCCCGAAUAUUUCCCAAUCGAAGAAAUAUCCAUCAAAGUUCCUACAGUACCUCAUUUCUCGGAAAAGCAAACAAAGGAUUCUGGAACUAUCAUAACUGCAGGGAAAUAUGAUGUAUCGGAAGGCAAAGGAGCAUAUGAUUUGUCCAUCGCGCUCAAUUAUGGACAGGGUACUGGAUCUGCCCAAAUGCUUCGGUGGGUGACCGAGCAUACCGAAAUCGUUUGCAAUCCACCUUAUGCAGAUUGGGGUUGUGCUCUCACUGUAGGAAGUACCUCGGCUUUGGAACAGACAUUUCGCAUAUUCUGUGAAAGAGGCGACUAUGUGUUAUCUGAAGAAUAUACUUUUGCUUCUGCUGUUGAGACUGCAGCUCCUCUUGGCGUAAAGUUUUUGGGUGUCAAAAUGGAUGCUGAAGGUCUUCUACCAGAAGCCUUAGAUGAACUUUUGAGCAAUUGGGAUGUAAAGGCCAGAGGGGCUAGAAAACCAUUCGUUCUCUACACUGUGCCUUCCGGACAAAACCCUACCGGUGCAACACAAGGCAUCAAAAGACGGCAUGCAAUCUAUAAGGUUGCUCAAAAGCACGAUUUAUACAUCUUAGAAGAUGAGCCUUAUUAUUUCCUUCAAAUGCAACCAUAUACAGGACCAGAUGCUCCUGAUGUUCCCCCACCAGCUAACAAUGAGGAGUUCCUCAAGACUCUUAUUCCAACUUACCUAAGCAUGGAUACUGAUGGAAGAGUUAUGCGAAUGGAUUCUUUCUCCAAAGUCAUUGCACCCGGUACCAGAGUUGGAUGGAUUACCGCUUCCGAACAAAUCGUCGAGAGGUUCGUUAGAUCCAACGAGAACUCCAACCAAAACCCUAGUGGAAUAUCCCAAAUAGUUCUCUACAAACUUCUUGAUGAAAGCUGGGGACAUGGUGGUUACCUUCAAUGGCUCAUCAAUCUUCGGUUGCAAUAUACUAAGCGCCGAAACGUUAUUCUUGCCGCAUGUGAGAAAUUUUUGCCCAAGGAUAUCGUAAGCUGGAAUCCUCCAACUGCCGGCAUGUUUCUCUGGCUUAAAGUAGACUGGCACAAACACCCAGCCGCCAAAACCAAGCCUAUCCAAGAUAUUGAACAAGAAAUUUUCCUCGCCGGUAUCGACGAAGGUGUUCUCAUUUGUCCAGGUAGUUGGUUCACAGCUGAAAAGAGUGACUUUGUACCAAUAGAUAUGUUUUUCCGCGCCACUUUCGCAGCUGCAUCGGAGACAAAGAUGACGGAGGCCAUUGAACGAUUCGGCGUGGCCGUUAAGAAUAGCUUUGGAGUUGAGUGA